AGACGACGACUGCAUGACGCCACGUAGACGGUCUACAUGCAUAACGAGCGGCUCUCACUGCCUUUCACGAUCAAUGAACAACAUUUGCGAAAGUCAAGCACUAGCACUAUCACUUCUUGUUCGGCCCGCUUCUCAAGCUUGCUUCGUCGCUCCUGCCAAUUCUGGAUUGACAGUUGACUGCGUCAUCGACGAUUCCAGAUUCGCCAUGCAGGUACAUCCGCCCCACUAGCGCGUCACCUGCAAUCCGAUUUUGAAAACCAUUCAACAAUUCCAUCCAUAAGUAUCUUACGUCACGCGUCUGUCCUACAUCCAAAUACACUCUUCUUAUCCAAUUGCAAUAUACCAUCAUGCCACCCACACUCAUACUCAUUCGCCACGCUCAGGCACAACACAAUGCCACCAGCGACUGGUCUAUCAGGGACCCUCCACUUACUGAGCUGGGCGAGCAGCAAUGUCGCGAGCUACACGAGAGUCUGAAAGAGAGCAAGAUCGGCAAUGAUGUUGAACUUGUUGUUGUCAGCGCUCAAAGGCGGACGCUGCAGACUGCCACUAUCGGACUGGACUGGCUUAUCAAGAAGGGUACCAAGGUCAUCCCCGACGCGAACUGGCAAGAAAACGCAGACAAGCCGUGUGACACUGGAACACCCAUCGACGAGAUCUCCAAGGAAUUUCCCCAGUACGACUUCUCCGUCGUCGACCCUUCGUUCCCAGACAAGACAACUGGCGGAUCCAAGAACCCAUACGCUUUCACCGAAAAGGCUAUCCUAGCACGUGGACAGAGGUGUCUCAAGGAUCUCUACUCCCGUCCCGAGAAGGUCAUUGCGGUCGUCUCGCAUUCAGGUUUCCUGCGCACGGGUGUAUGCAAUCGCAUGUUCUUCAACGCUGACUGGCGUGUCUUUGAGUUCGACGAGGAGGAGAUGAAGAAGAACCCUGGGUUCUUUGUUCUGAAGGAGAGUGAGGAGACGGAGAAGAAGGGCGGAGGUAUGGGUCGUAGUGAUGUUGGUGUCUUUGGUAUCGUACCCGGUGACUUCCCGCCUGAGGUUGAGGAGGAGAUCGCUACGAAUAAGGCGCAGGUCGACGAUGAGGCUACCAAGCAGAACCCGAAUGCUUGAGCUGGGUAAUUUGUAGCUAAUUCUGAGAGCGGUGUUUUGCUGGACUAUAUGGCGGUGGGAAUUUGCGAUCACUUAGAGGAUAGACAGUGCGUAGACAAUAGAAUUUGGUGAACGUCAAUGAAGACCAUCAG